GAUGAAGCUUAAUGUACGUUGCAACGUUAUCGGUUAUCACAAAAGAUAUUUUAGUUACUAGAUAAAGAUUGUCGCUGUCGUCACUGUCCGGAACAUCUUUUGCUGGCGAGGAUAGGGGAGCUAAAUGUCAAAGAAGGAAAAUCCAUACGAUUUGACAGCUUGGUACCCAACAUGUUCCGUACAGUGACUAUAAUAACAGUGUCGUCAAGUGUCAGAAUUGGAACAGAAUCGUCUGUCAGUUCCAUACAAAUGCGCGUUCCGAACGAGCAGGAGACCUGUCAAACUAAAAUGUCUUUUGUUAUCACAUUUGCAAUUUUGUCUUUGUUCCGCGCGUUACUUCGUAAAUCCGCUAUCGUGUGAUAAACAUUGAUUGAUGAAAAAAAAUGUCAGAAAAUUCGCAGAAAAGACAACACUCGAAACAGGUUGAAAUACCGGAGAAAAGGAGCAAAUACAUGAAUGUCCCAAAUGACAAAAUUCGCCAUGGCAACUAUCACCAAUAUUAUGAAUUCCGCCCGACAGACAGUCGAGAGCAGGAUAUUGGCAAGCUUCUUUCCGAAUAUGUUUGCAUGCCAACAUCCGGAAGGUAUGCGGAGAACAUUCACAUUCUUGAUAUAGGAUGCAACAGUGGUAAACUUACUCAUGGCCUGCAAAACGUAUUUCAAAUGACUUUUCAAAGUAACCAAGUGAACGUACUUGGGGUUGACUUAGAUCAAGCACUUGUUGACAAUGCUACCGAGAACUAUGGAUCGCAGUUCCUGAAGUUCGGUCAUGCGGACAUCAGUGCGGUGUCGUGCGGCGCAGGGACCAACCAGAUACGAGCUUACAUGGACGAAAAGGUGAUCAAUCGUUUCGAUUUCGUGUGUUGUUUUUCUGUUCUGAUGUACGUUCACCUCAACCAUGGCGACGACGGGCUAAGGUGUGUGCUUGAGUACAUUUGCUCGAUUUCGGAAGUACUCUUACUUGAGUUACAGAGCUGGAAGAAGUAUCGUGAUCAAGUCCAUAAAUUGAAGCGUGAAGGCCGUGGAACGUAUGAAUUUUACGAUGGACUGCAGUGGAGGGGUGGUGAUGGUUCAUUGGAAAAUUUAAUUUGGAAUUAUGUGAUAUCGAGAGGUUUUAGUAAAGUCUGUACAACACAACAGAAAAACGAAUUUCAGAGAGAUGUUGUUGUUUUUGCUCGGAAUAUAGAUGAAUGACGCAAUAUGGAACAUUGAUAAUGAAAUAUACCACAGCAUGAUGUAUGGGACAAGAUCCCAUUUUUGUUCAUCGCGAAAAAAGAUAUACGUACUUAUUUUUGCUAACAUGCGAGUUGAGUCAGGUACGAGAUACUAAAGACGGCCUUACUGUUGGGGUCGAAAUACGUAUCUAAAAUGUUAUCAAGCGGUGGAAUAAAAUAUAAGAGCACUAA